GAGGGUGAAUCAUGUAUUUGUCAUCAGGUCAGAGAAGUUAUUCUGUUAUUGGAAAGAAACUGAACAAAAGAAUUUACUGUUCAGUGAAAUAUAGUUUUUAUUUAUUUCUGUGUUCUUGUGUUUGUGUGUUUAAGGGGAUAGAAGACUCUGCAGUAGGUGGCAGUAAUUCACCUCCAUGCUGGUCGACAAUCGACAUAAAACAGGAAAAAGAAGAAGAAGAAGAACAGUCCAUCAGUCAGAGAGGAGACCUGCUGGACUUCACAGACCAGGACCAGAACCAGAACCCAGAGCACCACACCAACAACCCCGUUAUUAAAAGAGAAGAAUCAGACUCAGCCUCUGCUACCACCGAUACACAGGAACAAAAUGGAACAAAGGGCCUCAAACAUCACCACUGUCAGUCCUGUGACAAAGUCUUCACCACAUCAACAUUUUUAAAUAUUCAUCAGAAAGUCCACACAGGAAAGAAACUUCACAUCUGUGAUCAAUGUGGGAAAACGUUCACUGUAGACAGUAGUCUAAAAAUCCACCAACGCAUUCACACUGGAGAGAAACCGUACAGUUGUGACCACUGUGGGAAAGCUUUCAGUCUUCUUGGUAGUCUUCAAAUUCACAAACGCAUUCAUACUGGAGAGAAGCCGUACAGCUGUGACUGGUGUGGAAAAGCUUUUACCACAAGCAGUACUCUACAAGUCCACCAACGCACUCACACUGGAGAGAAACCUUACAGCUGUGAUCAGUGUGGGAAAUCUUUUUCAUUACUGUGUAGUCUUAAAAAGCACAAGCGUGUUCACACUGGAGAGAAACCAUUUAGGUGUGACCAAUGUGAGAAAGCUUUCAGUGAUGAAAGAGCUCUAAAAUUACACAAACGCCUUCACACAGGGGAGAGACCAUACAGCUGUGACCAGUGUGGUAAAUCCUUUACAUUGCUGUGUAGCCUAAAGAGACACACUCGCAUUCACACAGCAGAGAAUCCAUUUAAAUGUGAUCAAUGUGGGAAAGCUUUCCCUCAAGACAGCAAUUUAAAAAGCCACCAACGCAUUCACACUGGGGAGAAACCAUUCAGGUGUGAUCAGUGUGGGAGAUCUUUCACUGCAAGCAGCGAUCUGAAAAAACAUCAACGCAUUCAUACAGGAGAGAAACCUUAUAGCUGUGACUACUGUGGGAAAGGUUUCACUACAGACAGCAGCCUAAAAAUCCAUGAGCGCACUCACACAGGAGAAAAACCAUACAGCUGCAAUCAAUGUGACAAAACCUUCACCUCAGACAGUAAUCUGAAAAAACAUCAUCGCAUUCAUACAGGAGAGAAGCCGUACAGCUGUGACCAGUGUGGGAAAAGUUUCAUGCAAGCAGGUAAUCUACAAAUCCACAAACGUAUCCACACUGGAGAGAAACCGUAUUGGUGUGACCAGUGUGGGAAAGCUUUCAUUACAGACAGUAAUCUAAAAAUACACCAACGCGUCCACACGGGAGAGAAACCUUACUGCUGUGAACAAUGUGGAAAAGCUUUUUUACAGAGCAGCAGAGUCCAAGUCCACCAGCGCUUUCACACUGGAGAGAAACCGUUCAAGUGUGACCAGUGUGAGAAAGCGUUCGCUAUAAUGAGUCAUCUGAAGUGCCACAAACGGAUUCACACUGGAGAGAAACCAUACAGCUGUUCUCAAUGUGGAACAGCUUUCAGAAGAGACUGUGACCUAAAAAGGCACCAACGGAUUCACACUGGAAUGAAACCGUACACCUGUGAGCAUUGUGGGAAAGCUUUCACUAGAAACAGUCAUCUGACAUGCCACCGACGCAUUCACACGGGAGAGAAACCGUACUGGUGUGAUCAAUGCGGGAAAGGUUUCACUACCGAUCGUAUUCUAAAAAUCCACCAGCGUAUUCAUACUGGAGAGAAACCAUACAGCUGUGAGCAGUGUGGGAAAGCUUUCACUCAAGAAGGUCAUCUAAAACUUCACGUACGUGUUCACACUGGAGAAAAACCAUACAGGUGUGAUCUGUGUGGGCAAGAGUUCAAGACCAGCACUGCCCUAAAAAACCAUGAUCGUAUCCACACUGGAGAGAAACCAUACAGGUGUGAUCAGUGUGGGAACUCCUUCACUCGCCAAAGUAAUCUACAAAGACACCAACGUAUUCACACUGGAGAGAAGCCGUACAGAUGUGACCAAUGUGGGAAAACUUUUACACAAGACGGGGACCUAAAAAGGCACCAACGACUUCACACUGGAGAGAAACCAUAUAAAUGUGACCGAUGUGGGAAAUCUUUUACUCAAGAGAGUCAUCUGACACUUCACCUACGUAUUCACACUGGAGAAAGACCAUGCUGGUGUGAACAUUGUGGGAGAGCUUUCACUACGAACAGUGAUCUAAAGAAACACCUGCGCAGGCACAAACUGUUGUGGUGUGACCAGUGUGGGAUGCCUUUCCUAAGAGCUAAGGACCUAAAAAGCCACCAGUGCCCUCCCACUGAGGAGGAACCGUACAGCUGUGAAGAAUGUGAGAAAACUUUCACUCCAAACAGAAAUCUAAAUAAACUCUAGCACUUUCACACUGGAGACAAACUGUACUGGUGUGAGCAGCGUAACAAGUUUGUUUACAUGAUUUCCCUAAAAAUCCAUCGGUGCAGUCACUCAGCAUCAUGCAGCAUCGUUUUCUUGCCUUAAUAACUGAUGUUUAUCCUGACCCUUUCUAUCAACUGUAGAAUCAGCAUUCAUGCUAUUAGCAGCAUACCUGAUUAGAUUUUAAUCUACAUGACCUGCUGUUUCUGCAG